AUGUUGAAAAAGCUUCUGACUUGUGACUUUGAAAUAUUGCAGAAAUUGUCUGAGCCUAUAUGCAUGUUUUCUAAAUCAGAUUAUUUCCAUUACUUGCAAAUGUUAUCAAUUCUGAUUUAUUUGUUUUCUCUGUUUGCUGUUCAUCAAAUAUCGGGAAGCGUUUUGAAUAGUAAACUAUCCAUUCCUGAUAACGACAAAAUAUUACAGGAAAUAAUAAGAAGAAAGGGAACACAAUAUGUGAAUUCAAAACUUCCUUAUUCGGAAAAUUAUUCGCUGAAAGCAACGGUAGUUCGAAACUAUGUGAAAAGCACGGGGAAAUAUUAUGCUACAUACAACUAUUCUCCAAUCAGUGCAAAAAGUUUAUGCAAGAAAAAUAAAGUGGCAUUAAGCAGUUUGGAAAAUUGCGACUUGGAAACACCAAUAACGCGAGCUUCUAAUCACAUCCAACUUUUAUGCUUCUUAAAUUUCUUAUCACGUGAAAUGAAAAUGAAAGUAUGUGAUAUAAUGUUUGCGUGGAGCGAAGGUGAUUGGUCAACAGCAGAAAUUGAGGGUAAAUGCAUCAUAGUAAAGUCGGUAAAACAGCGCGAAUGUUUUCAGCAGAUGGACAAGCGUUACUGUUGA